GCCUUCGGCGCGUCUUUCGUCCCGGGUGGCUCCCGGAGCAGCUGCGCAACGCUGCGAUGCGCUGAGCCCCGAGGCAACAGGUUCGCAUUGCCUUGUCAGAAACUUCGGGAGCAUCCAGCAGAAGAAAAUGGCCCAGCCCGCACACCUGAAUCAAAAUCUCCCAGAUCUUGGGGGACCUUUCUUGUACCGCGACCAGGAGGAGGAGGAGGAGGAGGAUGGAGACAAGGCGUCCUACUCGCUGGAGACCCCCUACGGCUUCCUGCUGGAUCUCGACUUCCUCAAGUACGUCGACGAUAUUGAGAAAGGCCAAAGCUUCCGGAAGCUUCUGCCACAGCGCAAGUCCAAGGGGGCCAAGCAGGCCGGGCCGAACUCUUCCCGGGGCCAAACCAGCGGCUGGACCUCCACGGAGUCCCUUUCGUCGGCCACCAGCGCGGAUCGGAAACCAGCCUUCUCCCCACGCCACAGGCUGUGGGGUAGUUCAUCCGACAUCAAGGAGCCCGUGAGCAAACAGGCCUCGCUCCCCGCGUCUCCGUCUCCCAUCAUCCACCUCCUUCCUCCACCUCCUCCCAAAUCGCUGAUGAGGAACAAACGCGUGGAGGAAACCUUGCAGGAGACGAGCAAACGGUUGGAAGAAGAGCAACUGGAUCUGCUGGCAGUGGGACCCUCUGGCACCAACAGGGUGCCAGGUAGCCCUCCCAGGGUUGUGUCUUCUCCAGAUCACUCUCUGACGGGGGAAAGCCUUGCAGCUUCCAUAAAGUUAAGCCCCUCCAAUUCAGGAAGGAGCACUCCAGCCACGGCCGCCGGUCCUGCCCACCUCCAGCACGUCCGUGAGCAGAUGGCAACAGCCCUCAAGCAGCUGAAGGAGCUGGAGGAGCAGGUGAAGACCAUCCCCGUUCUAGAAAAGGAGGUCUGCAGGUUGAAGGAGGAGAAGGAGCAGCUGCUGGCCGGGCUGUGGGAGAAGCUGGAGAUGGACGGAGGCGAGACUUGUGUCUUCAACUUCCCUCCCAAGUCUCCGAAUGAAGGGGCUCCGGACGCAGGCAAGGAAGGCCCUCGGGUCAGUGCUGAGGUCCAAAACGACGGCGAACCUUCAAAAGCGAGGACAAGUAAAAUCACCGAGUUGAAGAGACUGACGGAGAAACUGUCCGGUUCAGAAAGAGCCAGGAAGACGAGCAGAGGAGCAGUUCUCCCUUCCAAAACUGGAGAGCCUACGUGCCGAUCUGUUGGCGUUGGAGAGGAGGUGGACAUGAACGAGGCGGUCUUCUACUACCGGUGCCAUAAGCCGAGUCGAGAGGUGGCCGCCGGCCGAGAAGCUGACACCAAGGACGCAGAGGUGUGGGUCAUGGAGUCCUUACUCGGGGUUUCGUCGGAGGCCGAGAAGGAAAUCCAGCUUCUUCAGCAGACUGUCCAGCAUCAACGAGAGGUCAUCUCCUUGUUGGAGGGACACCUGCAGGAGGCCAGUGAUGAACUCGAGGAGCUGAGGGUGGAAGUCUGCUCAAGGUUGCCAAAGAGUUUGACCAGCAAGGAGACCAUGGCCCAGCCGCUGACAGUGGAGGUGGGCACAGAAGCUGCUCCAGCCAUGCGGUGCCAAGCUGUGGGCAGCCACAUCGAAAUGGCAGACAAGGCCGUCCACUGCUGUCUUCAAGUGACCAGUGUCGGAGUUGGCUCUCCAGAUCUUGCCCCUGUGCAAUGUGGGGGUAAAGCUGCCCAGAUUGUCCCGGAGGCGGAAAGCAAAGCUCCGAGGGAGGGUGGCAGAUCCGCCCCGGCAGAACUGGACCGAGGCACAGCUGCAGAAGCAUCCGUGCCGGAAGACUCAGAACGCGAAAAGCUGCCGGGCCGUGAAGAACUUUCGGAAGCAUCCCUGCAAACGGAGAGUUUGGGUGUGGAUCUGGACUUGCUCCCUCAGUCCAUGACGAGGGACCGGGAGUAUGUGUGUGUGGAACAGGAUUCCGGGGAAAAUCCCACAGGCGCUGGAGUCCUCAAAUCCAUCAUGAAGAAGCGAGGCAGCCCUGCCAAGACGGAGGCAGGUAGUGGGAAGAAGAGCCUCCAGUUUGUGGGCUUUCUGAAUGGCGAGUACGAGAGCACCUCGAGUGAGGAAGAGGAGGAAGAGGAGGAGGAGGAGCGGUCCCCUAGGAAGGGCUCCCCGCUUGUAUUUGGCAGUGACACUCCCAGCACCACCGACGACGAGGACUUGCCUUCCCGUGUGGACAGCAGCGGCAGCGAUUCAGAGACUCCCGUUUCGGGGGCAGCCCAGGAGGAGGCAGCGCUGAGCCACGAUCUGGAGGAAGCCGAAGAUGCAAACAGCUCAGGAGAAGCUCCACCGGAAGUGAAGGAGAAGUUUGAGCUGAGUCCCCAGCUGAGGGACGCUUGUCUCCUGGUGAGGAGCCAGCUGGCCAGAGAUGGCGCCGCCCCGAAGAGCAAAGAGGUGCUUUCCAGCACCAGCCUCAUCCUCCAGGAAUGGUUCCGCCUGUCCAGCCAAAAGGCCUCUCUGGCCGGAGAGGUGGCCGAGCACCUGAUGGCGUUUGCCGAAAUCUCGCCCGCACUGCUGACGCACGUCGUCAACCUCUCCGACGGCAAUGGCAACACCGCUCUCCACUACAGCGUUUCUCAUUCCAACUUUGACAUUGUCCAGCUUUUGCUGGACACAGGGAUCUGUAAUGUUAACUACCAGAACAAAGCUGGCUACACAGCUCUGAUGUUAACUGCACUGGCAACCGUAGAGCUGGAAGAGGAAAUGGCUGUUGUCCGGAGACUUUUCGGCAUGGGGAAUGUCAACGCCAAAGCUAGCCAGGCCGGCCAGACGGCCCUGAUGCUUGCCGUCAGUCACGGGAGGCAGGAGAUGGUGGAGGCCCUGCUGUCUUGCGGGGCGGACAUCAACCUUCAAGAUGAAGAGGGGUCCACGGCACUCAUGUGCGCCUGCGAACAUGGGCGGGCAGGCACCGUGGGGCUGCUGCUGACUCGGCCGGAUUGCGACGCUUCCAUCGUGGAUAACGAAGGCAACGACGCAGUUUCCAUCGCUCUGGAGGCUGGUCAUCGUGACAUAGCGGCGUUGAUAUCUACCCAUCUCGCCCAGUCAGCGUCCAGCUCACCUGCCGCUGACAUAUCCAACAAGCAAGAUAAGUCCAAACAGUAUCGCUGUGUGAUUUUAAGUCUGUACUCCACAGUCUGCCCCAGUCCUGAAACUGGGACCUUCGAAUAA